GCCUAUGCAAAUUUGGCUUUGAAAUAAAAAAAGUUAUAACAAAAAAAAUGCAAUAAAAAAGUGAAAACAUCAAAAUGACGUCAGAAAAGGAAAACUGUUACCAUAAUGUCAAAGAUAAUAUAACAAUCAGCAUUGACAGUUCUGAUGGCGGGAAAAAUGACAGCGAAAUUAAAAUGGCUGAUAAUCAUUCCAAGAAUACCACACAUGAUCCCAGUGAAAGGGAUAACUCCAUGGAUUUACUUGGAGUUCCUAGACAGGGGCAUAGGAUGUCGUUUAUGGAAGAGGAAAACAUCAAAGAGAGGAUUAGAUUGUCAUUAUUGAAGCAAUGUUCGGCCAUUUUGAAACAGGGGGACGAGAGGUACAAUAAGGAGUCCUUACAUCGCGCUUUUCAGGAUGAGGAUCUUUUGGAGAGAAUAUUCCGAUUAUUCGACGUGGAAAGACAAGACCACCUCGUGCAAGAGGACUGGAUCGAGUUCUUGAAGGAAAGAUUAAUAGAAGAAAAACAACUCGACUUCGUAGAGCAAGUGGAGAGUGUAGCGUACGUGCUCUGCGGAGACGGCGUGAUAACACUUGAUACCUUUCAGCUGAUAUUGAAAAACAAAGUGGUGACAAACAAACUGCUAAGAGUUAUAGACACUGAUGGUGACGGAUACAUCACAGCGGAAGAAAUUAUGGAGUUCAUCUCCGCGGUCUCUAGCAGCAGCCCACGGGUAGGCAUCGACAAGGCCAGCGUGGACCGCUUGGAGCAACUAUUCAAACAAACGGUCGGCGAUCAGAAGGAGAUCACGAGGGAACAGUUCCAGAAGAUUGUUGUUUCGAAAAAUCCUUUCUUCACUGAACGUGUUUUCCAAAUCUUCGAUGAAGAUAACUCGGGGACCAUCUCCCACCAUGAGUUCAUAGAAGCAGUUCACAGGUUCGGCAGACAGACUGCGGAGGACAAGAUCCGAUUCCUUUUCAAAGUUUACGAUUUAGAUGGCGACGGCCUGAUCCAGCACCGCGAGCUGCAGCACGUGAUGCGCGCGUGCAUGCACGAGAACGGCAUGCAGUUCUCGGAGCAGCAGCUGCUGGAGCUGACGGGCGCCAUGUGCGAGGACGCGCGCGCGCUCACGUACGAGGCGCUGCGCGACCUGCUGCGGCGCCACGGCGGCCUGCUCGAGAACCUCUCCAUCAGCAUAGACCGUUGGCUGGUCCCGACGAAUCCAAAACCCGAGCCGCUGUCCCUCUACCAAAGAUUAUUGAAGAUGAAGCCCUACCAGCUCUCCGUGCCGUACUUCAAAAAUAACUACGUGUACGUCACGUAUUUAUUUCUGUUCUUUCUCGUCAACGUCGGGCUGUUUGUCGCGAGGAUUGUAGAAUACUGGGAGACCAACGUCUUCGUCAUGUUCGCGAGGGCUUGCGGGCAGUGCCUGAACCUGACGUGCACGUGGGUGCUGGUGCUGAUGCUGCGGCGCUGCAUCACGGCGCUGCGCGUGCGCGGGGUGGGCGCGGCGCUGCUGGACCGCCACGUGUACUUGCACAAGCUGACGGGCGUGCUCGUCGUGCUGUACGGGCUCGUGCACACCGCCAUGCAUCUCUGCAACUUCAGUUUAAUUGUAGUGAACGAUCCUGUUAUCAACUCUCAGAAUUACACAAUCUCGGAGUGGAUUUUCACAACCAAGCCUGGGUUGUUCGGUCUCAUCGGGGGAUACGCUAACCCUACAGGAGUCGCAUUGUGUGUGGCGUUAUUUGGGCUGUCUAUCUCGUCUCGACCAGCCCUGAGAAAAGGGGGAUGUUUUGAGGUGUUUUAUUUCGCGCAUUUGUUGUACGUUCCUUUUUGGAUCCUACUCAUCCUUCACGCUCCUAACUUCUGGAAGUGGUUCAUCGUGCCCGGGCUCAUCUAUCUCAUCGAAAGGAUCAUGAGACUGGCUUGGAUGAGGUCGGAGCGCGGCAAGACGUACAUCUCGUCGGGCGCGCUGCUGCCGUCGCGCGUGACGCACGUGGCCGUGCGCCGGCCGCCGCUGUUCCACUUCCACGCCGGCGACUUCGUGUUCGUCAACGUGCCCGCCAUCGCCGCCUACGAGUGGCACCCCUUCACCAUCAGCAGCGCGCCCGAGCAGCCCGAUUACAUCUGGCUUCACAUCCGAGGGGUCGGCGAGUGGACCAACCGCCUGUAUGCCUAUUUCGAGGAGGAGCAGCGGAGACUUAACGCCGGUGAGGAAGUACACGAAAAAGUAACUCGCAGUGCUUCAGGUCAAAGCAAUCGAAGUAGAAGAAGGAGUUCCUCGAGUAAGAAGCGUUCAGUCGACUUCUCCCCUCUCGCUUACACGAACGAAGCUUUCACUAUUGAAGAAGAAAUGGGGAAUGGGUUCGCAGCUUUAUCUCCACCGCCUCCACUGAAACGUCCCUCGUUUCUGUCGCCGCUGAAGUUCCUGGAGAAAUCGCGGUCGAUGCCAGACGUGCGCAACGGCAAGAAGUUAAGCCUGCAAUCGCUGCGCGGGCGGACGCGCUCGGAGUCGGAGCGCGCGUUCCCGGCGCUGGCGCCGCGCCGCGCGCCGCCCGCGCUGGCGCACAGCUUCCGCUACAUGCGCACCAAGCCCGCCAUCAUCGCGUGCCGCCCGCCCGGCGCCGAGCGCCGCCGCUCCGACGAGAGCAUCCUCAGCAUCGCAAGACGUCGUUUAUCAAAAAGUCUGUCCGUGGAUCGCGACGUGGAGUCGAAUGAUAAGCCUUGUGUUAUCGAGACACCGCCUGAAACGAUCGAAGAGGAAUCCGCACAGGACUAUCCGAUCGGAAAACCACUGGAGAUAUACCUGGACGGCCCGUACGGCGCGCCGUCGUCGCACAUCUUCCACGCGCAGCACGCCGUGCUCAUCGCGGCCGGCAUCGGCGUCACGCCCUUCGCGUCCAUCCUGCAGGCCAUCAUGUACCGCUACGGCCGCGCGCGCGCCACCUGCCCGCGGUGCGCGCACUCCUUCGCCGCCGAGCUGCCGCAGCGCCAGGGCGACAUGAGCCUCAGGAAGGUGGACUUCUUCUGGAUCAAUCGUGAGCAGCGCUCGUUCGAGUGGUUCGUGUCGCUGCUGUCGCAGCUGGAGAUCGAGCAGGCGGAGGCGGGCGGCGCGCGUUUCCUGGAGAUGCACAUGUACAUCACGAGCGCGCUGCAGCGCAGCGACAUGAAGGCGGUCGGCCUGCAGCUGGCGCUGGAUCUGCUGCACGAGAAGGAAAAGCGUGACCUGAUCACGGGCUUGAAGACCAGAACGAACGCGGGUCGCCCGAACUGGGACAAAGUAUUCCAAAGGUUGCAGGAACAACGAAAGGGCAAGGUCACGGUGUUCUACUGCGGGCCCCCCCAACUGGCGCGCGUGCUGCGAGUUAAAUGCGAUCAGUUUGGAUUUAGCUUUAGGAAGGAAGUGUUUUAAAUAUGUUACCAUUUAUUAUUCGAUUGUUGAAAAUGUUUUUGUAUAUAAUGUAAUAAACAUGUGUAGUAUACAUAUGAAUAAAAACUUGUAAAUUAAUAAUGUGGCCUGUAUUGGC